CCGCAUCGCCCGACCUUCCUGCUACGACUACGCCACGCCACAGCCCUGACACACAAUAUCAAGACGUUCCAAUCGUCUACCGAUAAGCCAUGACCGCUUUUACCCACGUUCCACUCGAACACAAGAAGGUUCCGAUGCAGGAGCUUCCUGAGGAAGUAGCCAAAACCCUGGCUAUGGUAGUGCCGGUCCAAGAGAACAUCGACAUCUCACUCUUACAGGAGCGUAUUCGGGCUGGCGGAAGGGAGCUUUGGGAUCCCGCAAACCAGAAGGACAACGUUCCAGUGCGUCGCGCAGGCCACGACACUUGGGGCAUUGGAAAAGUCGUCUUCAUCUUCUGCGACGACUAUCUCCAGAAAGUAUUCACGUUCCCAUGGUUCCACUCGUGGCAAAAGGAGCUCGAUCCAAUCUUUGAGCAGAUCAAUAUCCCCGUAAACCGUAUCGUACGCUGUAUCCUGGCUUCCAUGCCUGCUGGAGCGGACAUCCCCGUGCAUCACGAUACUGGGUCAUGGGUACACUUCACGCAUCGUAUGCAUAUCCCCGUGUUUACAAGCCCCGACAUCGACUUCAUGGUGGGUCCCAACGACCAGAACAUGCAGCGCUACGAGUUGAAGCAGGGAAACCUCUACGAGCUCAACAACAUCAGCCGUCAUCGUGUCAAGAACAACUGGGAUCAGCACCGUGUCCACUUGAUCUUCGACUACGUCGACGAGAGUUUCCCCAUCAACCGCAUGGAUCUCAAGCAGGGCACAACUGUCUGGCAGACCCGCCGCUCUGUGGAUUUAUCCACGGACUACGGCAAGCGCGUGCCGCCCUCAUUCGUCAUUAUCGGUGCUCAGAAGGCCGGUACCACUUCUCUGUACGACUACAUCCUGCAACACGACCUCGUGUGGCCUGCCAAGCAGCUGCCCGAUCCGUCGACACCUGAGGGCGCUGAGAAGCACCUUCGAUACUUCGAGGACACGUUUUUGGAGAGGAACAUCUUGUACCGCUUCCCGUCGCUUAUGUCGGGCGAAGCCACGCCCAGCUACAUGCUCGGUGGAAAGACUGUACUCACUCGCAUGAGGCAGGUGAUCCCACAUUGUCGCAAGAUCCUCGCUAUCAUGCGUAACCCAGUAGAGCGCGCAUAUUCGCACUACUCGAUGACUGCGGACACGGAAGGCUCCGAGAAGCAGAAGCGCAAUCGUGGCCAUCACCAUCUUCAGGGCCGCAGCUUCGAACAGAUCGUGGACGACGAGAUUCAAGAGCUCUCGAAGCUUGGAGUGCAUCCGGACAUGAGCUUCGAGGAGUUUGAUGACAAGGUCAUGCACAAGCGUCUUGACUUCGACCACGGCGCUCACUCGUUCGUAGCGCGUGGGCUAUACGCGUUGCAGCUCUCGGGAUGGAUUGAAGCAUAUAGCAAGGAGAACGUGCUGUUGCUGACGCUGGAUGAGUUCAAGACCACGGAGAACCUCUACACUACUAUGGACAAGGUGUUCAACUUCUUGGACCUGCCGUACCACCGCAUCAAGGACACGUCGGCCAAGAACACGCGCAAGUACGACCCCAUCGACGACGCUGUUCGUGCCAAGUUGACUGCCUUCUACGCGCCGUACAACGAGAGACUCUACACGCUUCUCGAGCGUAACAUGGGCUGGUAA